CUUGAGGGCUCACACUGGCUCGGGUCUGGCUUAAGUCAGAAUCAGUCUGACCCAGGACCCUGUCAGGCUUCUAAAUCGGAACCGUCCAAGCCUGGAACCAGUCUGACCCUGAACCCAUCCGGUUUCUAAGUCCUACCCAGUCCAACUCUAGCCGGUUUUUGGACCCACUCCAGAAAAAGAGGUGCUCCAGUUUUGCGGAAGCUCAUGAGCAGAACCUGGUGAGUUGGGUCUAGGGUGCAGGAGGGACCUGCCCGUCACCUGCUGGGUCAGCGAGGAUGCCGCAAGCUCUCGUGGCUCAGCAGGAGAGCGACACAGACCCAUGGAGAGGGAAGCCCAUCUGAGGACAUAAUGAGAAGGCGGCUAUCUGCAAGCUGAGGAGGGAGGCCUCGGAAGAAACCACCACCACCAGGACCUUGACCCUGGACUUCCAACCUCCAAAACUGUGCCCACACUAGAAACCCAAGCCCACAACCUCUACCUGGAUCUCUCUGCUUAUGGGAUUGAGGUCACUUCUGCAGCAAAGGAAUCCCCAGAGUCCCAUCAAGCAAACAACUUGGUUUCCACCUGAAAAUCUAUGGAACCUUCUGCUACCGAUAGGUUGCUUUGGCAUGUCCAGCUUCCGAUGCCAGUGUUGUUAGAGUUCUCUGUCAUCCUCUCAGCUCCUUGUCACACUGAAGAGAAGACUCAAUGGGAACAUCCAAAAACUGGAAAAAGAAAACGACUAGCAGGAGAUUUGCCGUAUGGUUGGGAGCAAGAAACUGAUGAGAACGGACAAGUCUUUUUUGUUGACCAUAUAAAUAAAAGAACUACCUAUUUGGACCCAAGACUGGCAUUUACUGUGGAUGAUAACCCGACAAAGCCGACCACCAGACAGAAAUAUGACGGCAGCACCACCGCCAUGGAAAUACUGCAGGGCCGGGACUUCACUGGCAAAGUGGUCAUAGUGACUGGAGCAAAUUCAGGAAUAGGGUUUGAAACUGCCAAGUCGUUUGCCCUCCAUGGCGCACACGUGAUCCUGGCCUGUAGGAAUAUGACAAAAGCCGAUGAAGCCGUGUCACUCAUUUUGGGAGAGUGGCAUAAAGCCAAGGUAGAAGCAAUGACCCUGGACCUCUCUCUGCUCCGUAGUGUGCAGCAUUUUGCUCAAGCAUUCAAGGCCAAGAAUGUGUCUCUCCAUGUGCUCGUGUGUAAUGCAGCAGCUUUCGCUGUACCCUGGAGCCUCACCAAGGAUGGCCUGGAGACCACCUUCCAGGUGAACCACCUGGGGCACUUCCACCUUGUCCAGCUCCUUCAGGACGUCCUGUGUCGCUCAGCGCCUGCCCGAGUGGUUGUGGUCUCCUCGGAGUCCCAUAGAUUUACAGAUAUUAACGAUUCCUCGGGAAAACUAGACCUGAGCCUCCUUUCUCCAUCUAAGAACGACUACUGGGCCAUGCUGGCUUACAACCGGUCCAAACUCUGCAACAUUCUCUUCUCCAACGAGCUCCAUCGCCGCCUCUCCCCACGUGGGGUCACGUCUAACGCCGUGCAUCCUGGGAACAUGAUGUACUCCAACAUCCAUCGCAGCUGGUGGGUGUGCACGUUGCUGUUCACCUUGGCCAGGCCUUUCACCAAGUCCAUGCAACAAGGAGCUGCCACCACUGUCUACUGUGCUGCCGCUCCGGAGCUUGAGGGCCUGGGAGGCAUGUAUUUCAACAACUGCUGCCGCUGCGUGCCCUCUCGCGAAGCCCAGAGUGAAGAGACGGCCCGGGCCCUGUGGGCGAUCAGCGAGAGGUUAGUCCAGGAAGGACUCGCCGGCCAGUCCAGCUAAGCGGGACCUCCGGCGAGGAUGGCGCACACAUACGCCCUGUGUGUGUACGCACGUAACUGUCAGCGCUGGGCCCCUUCCAACUUAUUAUCCGGAGGCUUUUCAGGUCCCUCUGACACAGAUCCGCCAAAGUAAAGGAAAUAAGAGUAGUCACAAAAGUACCAAUGCGAAGCAGGGAAUUCCAGGGGCAAAAUCUCUUUUCCAGGGCUGGGUGACGUUUGGGUCCCUUUGCUUUCCCAGGGGUGGCCUGUUUGAAAUGCAUGCUUAUUAGUUGGUGGGUGGGUUCCUUGUCUCCUUGUAGAAGCACAAACAAUUCUGUCUCACUGUUUAGAAUAGCGUGUGCCCCUGUCCCGCCCAGCCACCACCACAGCACACCAUGGCCAUGCUGCCACCAGGAACUGGCUUUCUCCUACUGAGGGAGGAAAACGUCAAUGUUUAUCCUGCUGCAUUGAUCCAGGAGAUAAUCAUUUCAUUCCUCCUGACCAUGUGGGAGUGGGCUUGGCAGUUCCUGGGGCGACAGCUCCCUGAACCUUGGGCCAGCCAGUCAAGAUGGAAGUGACACCCAGAAAUGGGUGGGACAGACAGCUGGUGGCUCCCAAAAGUACUGGUCUACCGGCUCCCGGGCCAAAGCUUUACAAAAAUUCUUUAGCAAGUAUAACCAACCAAUUUUGCAGAUCAUUCCCUAGAUGCCUUGGCAAGCAGGAGGGGAAGUAUUGUGUCUGUAAGAAUAUGCAGGACAUUUCUGGGGUGGGGGAGAAAAAGCUGUUCCUUUUGUUCUUCAUUCAGUUUCAAGCAGCAGCCCAAUGGCGGAGGUCCGCAGCCUCUCGGCCCUCCCCCUUGAGAGUUCCGCUUCACCUACCCCUGCUUUUUCCCAUCCUACGCUUAAUAAAAGAACAUGCUUGGAUACUGUCA